AGAACCAAAAAUCUACUUGGACAUUUAAUGUCAGUGGCUCGACAGGAUCCAACUGUUACAAGAAGAUACUUCUACUCAAUUAAAGAAAUAAGUAUUGGAGGCCGUUGUAUGUGCAACGGACAUGCAGAAGCAUGCGACAUUCCCGAUCCACGCGACAACAAAGUUUUGUUAUGUAAUUGCAGACAUAACACAUGCGGAGCAAAAUGUAAUACUUGUUGUACAGGUUUCGAACAAAAAGCAUGGAAGAUCUCCAAACACGAUGCGCCCUUCAUAUGUGAACUGGCUAAUAAUCAAUCGAAAAAUGCGAAAACGAGGAAAUCGAUGCCACCGAUUGUGAUCGACGGCAAAACUAAAGAUCAAACCACCCUAAUCAAGGAUCUGAAAGAGUACGUGAAAGGACAAUUCAGCGUUAAACACACCAAUGCCACAACCAUCAUAUUUGUAGACGAAAAAGACGACCACAUGCGAGUUAUUAAUAAUAUCAAGGCUGAGAAAUUAGCGUAUCACACGUAUACCUCUAGCGAUGACAAGUCUCACGCAUUUGUCCUGCGUGGGCUUGCGGAGGGUACCAAAAUAGCCGAUAUCGAAGCCGACUUGGAGGAAGAACAUGAAAUAAAGGCGCGGAGCAUAUUUCAAAUGAACACUAAAGAAAGACCCCUAUUUCUGGUGGUUACUGAUCCAGCUAUUACCCUCGAGUAUUUAAACAAAAAUACUCGCAUCGUAUUACACACGAGGCUUGUCAGUGCAGUGUUUUCUUUUCUACCGGUAAUUGUGCUGAAGGCUCUGGUCGAUGCGAGUGCAGAAAAGAAUUUACACCACCAAAUUGUGACAGCUGUAAUUUUGGAUACUACGGUUACCCUAACUGUAAACCAUGCGAUUGCUAUCUAAAUGGAACUCAAGAU